AAUACAGAUACUAAAACCUCACCCUCCUUCAAAUUAUCCCCUUCAACCUUUGGUCUCUCCAUUUGAACCCUAAAAUUUCAAAUCCAAAUUCUCAAGCUCUCUCGUCGUGCUGUCUCCCAUCGUCGCCGUCACUCGAGCUUUCGAACUGUGUUGUCUUGUUCGCUAUUUCACUGCGUCAUUCUUGCUACGACGCGUUUCAAUCGACAAUUGCUCCGCCGCAUUGAAUCCUACACGUCCCUCCCGAUGCGUCCAAACCGCUGGUAUAUCUCUUCAUCCUUUCUCAAACCCUUUGCUCUCUACUAUCUUCAACGAACCCUAAUCCCCAAAAACCCUGAAUUCAAUUUCGAACAACCCUAAAUUCAUUUCACUUCGCGAUUUGCAAUAGAGAGAAUUUUGCGAUGAUGCCUGGCACAAGUAUGGAUGCACCACAUAUUGCAGGUCUUGCUACGCUUAUUAAGCAGAAGUUCCCAAAUUUCAGUCAUCCAACCAUUGGUUCUGCACUUUCUACUACUGCGUCUCAGAAUGAUAAGAGUGGUGGACCGAUAAUGGCUCAACGAUGUGUGCUUUUCCAGAUCUAAGCCAAACCUCGACUAUUCCUUUUGACAUGGUGAUCAAUAUUCAUGGAAGAAAUCCAGAGAUUUGCUUGAGAAGGUUGUUGGGCAAGGUGAUCUUAUUGGUUAUAGAGUUCCUUACUGCUAAGGAUGAUCUAACUCCAUAUCCAAGGGUAGUCCAAGAUUCAGUCAAGGUUAAUCAGGAGUUAGGAAUAAAGGCAUCUAUUCACGUAAGUAUGAAAUUAGGCGAUUCAAGUAACGUGUAUAAUAAAAUUGUUAUGACUGCAAAACACUCUCAUUUCAGCAUCCCAGAACUUGAAUUUUGGAAGAAAAGAAAGCAAUACCAUCAGCUUCUGCAGCUUUCUAUGUUGAAUUUACAGUUGGGACCACAACGACAUUUGUUGGUUUGGCAACAUGUCGUGCAUAUGCAGUGAAGAAGAACUCUUCUUCCUAGUCAUCAAACAACUUAAAUUAUGGUAACAGUUUUGACAUAAUUGUGAAUUUGUGUUAAGUAUUGUAUACAAAACCUCAUCGGGCGACCUUAAGUUAGAGUCUUUUAUGCAUAAUAAUCACUUUCAUUUAUUCUUUGUUAGGUUAAGGCUUGUUAUAUGUAGUUAGUUUCCUCAAUAUGAUUGUUGGUUUUCAUUCUGAUUUUCAUUGUGAACUUUUUAGGGGAAAUUACAUUGAUUUGAUGAAAUUACAAUUAUCGAUCUUUUAAUUAGAGUAUGCUUGAAACA